CUGAGUCACGUGAAAGCGUGGUUCCGUUCCCUGACAGCAGCCACAGUCCGGUGUGGAGGAUGAGCUCAGGCAGUGGGACCAGGAGGAAAGUCUGCAAGCUGCAGCAUUUCAGCAACACGGUGGCGUUUGAGCCUGAAACGCUGACCGAGAUUCAAGGUAUUUUUAGUAAAAUCAGAACAUAUGUGAAACCUUCAGACGAGGAGUGGUGCAUCCCCGACCCAAACUCCGCUCUGAGCCACUCUGCGGAGGAGCACCGCGGGCUGCAGGUCCUGAAGGCGUCGCUGAACGAGGUCAAGAACCAGCUCAGUGACAAGAACGUCGAGGUCUGGCAUCAGCACACCAACUCCACCAAUCGAGCCGGGAAGGUGAUCGCCGCCGUGCGGUCUGCGGCCAACGCGGAGAUCUGCACUCAGGCCUGGUGCAAGUUCUCUGAGAUCCUGGGAACCUUCAACCUUCUUCCAGAGGAGGCUCUUCAAAAUGGGGAGCUGAACACAGUCCACCUGUGUGAAGCUCCAGGGGCUUUCAUAACCGCCCUGAACCACUACCUCAAAACCAGCGAGUCCACGCGCUACUGUGACUGGAGCUGGGCCGCCAACACUCUCAACCCGUACCACGAGGCUAACGGCGGCGGCGCGACGAUCGCAGACGACCGGUUGAUCGCUAACACGCUGCCCUGGUGGUUCUUUGGAUCAGAUAACACCGGCAACGUCAUGAUCCAGAACCAUUUGCUGGAGCUGCAGGCGUUUGUGGCUAACAUGCGCAGAGUUGACGUGGUGACGGCAGACGGCAGCGUUGACUGUCAGGAGAAGCCCGAUGAUCAGGAGGCGCUGGUGGCGUCGCUGCUUUACUGCGAGGUCACGGCCGCACUGCUGCUCCUGAGCCCCGGCGGCUCCUUUGUGCUGAAGAUGUUCACCCUAUAUGAACACUCCUCCGUCUGCUUACUCUACCUGCUGAUCUGCUGUUUCCGCUCCGUCAACGUCUUCAAACCCGCCACCAGCAAGUCGGGCAACUCUGAGGUUUACGUCGUGUGUCUGAACUAUGAAGGCAAGGAAGCCGUGAGGCCCCUGCUCUCCAAACUGAUUCGCAACUACGGACCACAUCUGGCCGACCGAGAGGCGCUUUUCCCAAACUCGCUUGUCCCGGAGUCAUUUCUGAAGCAGCAUGAGGACGUGUGCUCGUACUUCCACGCGCUGCAGGUGGAGACGAUCACAGAGAACCUGCGACUGUUUGAAGGUAUGACCAGCGAGCAGAGGCAGCGUCUCGACUACAUCAGGGACUGUACGGCUCAGGAAUACCUUCAGCGCUUCCAGGUGAGCUUCCUUCCACGGAGUCGAUGGCUCUCUCGUAACACGGUGAGUCCCGCCUGCUGCAGCGUCUCAGCGGGCCGACCUCUGGGACAGAAGAAGCAAACAGGCUCCUUCAAUGAGCGGAGGGAAUUGCAGACCCUGAGCUGGAGGGAGCGCAUCAAGAGGGGUUGCCAUGCCCCCUGGAUACAGAGACACUGCGCUGAGGCCUUGGGGACGGGCUGCGUGCUGGAAGGACCCCUGUCCGGGUGUCGUGUGGAUUCGUGGUACGUUAUCGUCGGAGCUGCGCUGCCUGCUAUCAGAAACUCUGCGUUCUGUGACGGAGGGUUGUUGAACCACUUGAACGAAGCCCUGAUGGAUGCAGCAGUAGACUGGACUCGCGCACCUCCCUGUGACUCUUGCCACGCGGUUUGCGCGGCCUCCAUCUUGUCCGACGUUGCAGGUCUUUGGGUCUUCCCAGCUGACAGUGAUGGGAACAGAAAGCAGAGACGGUGUUUGGUGUUUGGCAGCUGCUCCGUGUGGGAUGCCUGUGAAGGCCAACUGGGGGAUUUAGUCUUAACAUUCUCUGUGGAGCCUUCAGCUCCUCCAAGGGGCUGCAUCCCGCUGCAUGACGGGGAUCCGCUGUACCAGCAGCAGCUCCUGGGUUGUGUUGUGUUCUCCCUGCAGACACUGAACUCUGGGGAUGCCCUGCUGCUGCCUGUGUUUUCUGCCUUUACCCGUGUCACCGCAGCUGUUGUGCUCUGCCUGCAUGCGUGUUUUCGCUCAGUCACGUUCAGGUGUCCGCCCCCACCGGGCAUAGUCGGGACGGUGCUUGUGUGUGCUGGUUUCUGCCCCGAAGCUGCUGCAGGACUGCUCCCUGUUCUUAUUGACGUCCAUCACCGCAUGGGUCAGCUGUUAAGAGGACAGGAGGACUCGGGUAGAAAUCUGCCGUCUGGGCGUCACAGUCAGGUGUUGCAGUUUGUUCCCAUGGAGGAGCUGCUCACAGGAGGACUGACUGAGUUCCUGCGGACCAUGAACUCUGAAAUCAUCCAGCAGCAGCUGCAUUCGCUCAUGCAAUCAUAGUGCAGUUGAGUGAGCUAAGUUCCUGCAGGAGCCAGAUGCAGCGAGCAAUUAAUCUGUCUCCAGUGAGCUCCUCCAGAGCUGAGUUAUAAGCAGGCUUCACCUCUAGGGCACCGAUAAUCAAAGUUUGUAUGUUAUCUCAGUAAAAAACAACGUGUUUUCUUUUGUGGUGAAUUAACCAUUGUAUCGACAUUGCUUUCCUCCCCAUGUGCAAAUGUUCCAACAGAACAAGUUCCUAUCUUUUGUAAGGGCAUCGUCGUGCCGCCCAAGAUGAUUGUGAUUGGUGAAUUACAAACAAGACGGAGCAUUUUUCCCCCUAAAGCAGAAUGAUAAUGGGUGCAGCCAGACCUUUCUCCAGAGAUGUGGAGCGAGACUAAGUGAGCUGUGACUCUGGGCUACAUGCUAUCGCCGUCACAGUCCGUUUUAUUCUCGUUGACUGUUUUUUUUCCAGCAGUUAGUCACUGAAUCAUUUUGUAUGCCGUCGUUUAGCAUUGCACCGCUAGAACAUUGUCGGGAUCAAAAUUGAUGCUGCACAACCAGAGGUCAGCUCUUUUUACUUCUUCCACGUUAAAACCACGUUAUUUUAGG